AUGACUGCCGUGUCGCGCUACCACGACCUGGUCCCAUCGACACCCGUGCUUCGCCGCUCCUCGCGGCACGCUGGCGGCGUCCUUCCAGACCACACCCCCAGCGACCAUGCCAACGCCACCAUAGGCGACAGUCCACUACCGCCGGCCCCCGUCAGCCACUUCCUCGGCGACGCAGAGUCCCAACCAGAGCCUCCCCAGUAUUCUUCCGCAGCCUCUCACAUCGCAACCAACGCUGCUCACUCGCGUGUCCGCCCGCUCAGGAUCUCCUCAGAAGCGCACAGAGAUACACACUCGGAUCCGUACGACGACUCCCCCGGUACUGGUCGCAGAGCAGCGCCACCUGCAGCAUCACAUCGCGACGAGCUCGGCAGCCUCCGCGCUGCGGGCAUCUUCCGCGAUGCUCCCGUUCAGGACGCCUACAGCCGCUCCUCUCCCUUUGCAUCAGCUUCUGCCCUUCAGCACGACGAGCUCCGGUCCAAAAGCUCACCGCCAUUGCGCAUGGCCAAGGUCGGCGCGCUUGCCUCUCAUCGUGAGAGCGCGUCCCCCCUGCAUGACGCUGAGCUGCGCAUCAACGCUUCAUUACCCGCUCGCAGACGUAGCGCAGAGAAAGCCGACGAGGACGAGGAGAAGAAGGUCAGGUACGCCCCUAUCGAGGAGCGCGCAUCGGUAAAGCGCGACACUCCGGACGAUGCCGCUCAUCGAGCCGGCUCGUCGAGCGUCCAGCCCGCAACUGGCUACCGCACUCCUGCCAUGACCGGUCGUGCUCUCCGCUCAGCGGCCACAGCUGCACCAGCUACGGCGCAGCGCAGUGCUGCCAGGAGCUUGCGCACGCUCACCCGCUCUUCCAACCGUCAUCCGCCCGCCAGGAGGGUCGUCAGGCGAUAUUCGGACGACGAGGACGAUGACCUGGACGAAGAAAAGGCCGAGGCAAAUCGCUCCAACGGCGCCGACGACGCACAAAGUGCCAGUCCAGACCCACAACAGCCGCGUGCUUCUCGGCACAGUCAGGACGGAAGCUCCAACUCAGGUUCGGGCUAUGCAGCCGGUUCUGGCGCAGCACCUAUAUCAGCAGAAGCGGCAGAACGGCCAGAUCGACGCUUCCUCCCGUAUGGAUACGACGCUGAAAAGGAGAAGCUCCGCGCAGAGAUGAUGGAGAGAGCUUCACUCGUCCGUUCGCCAGCACCAGAAUCGCAACCUGUCCGACCUGCCCGCCAGCAAGCACCAGACGAGGUCGGCACAAUUCAAGAUUACGACAUGCAGCCCCCGCCGCCUCGAAGGAAUGAGGCGCAUCCGCUCGCCAGACGCACGGUUGCAGAGCCAGCGUUGGCUAGAGAGGAUGGAUCGAUCCACCCGACGCGAGGACAGGUCGAGGCAAUUCAGAGCUUCCUGGCUUCCAACAUCGCUGCACCUGCGGAUCCUCUGGCGAAUCGCCGGCUCGUCCCAGUCUCCAACAUCGAUCUCCGAGAAGGUCAGCGCGCCGCGCCUCGUGCUCCAAAUGGGGUCAGCGAUCACCUGCUCAAAUCAGCUGGCUUGUCAUCUACGAGUGCCAGACCAAGCGCCGCUGUUGGACAGCAAGACGAGAACGAACCUGCCGAAGAAGACGCAUGCCGGCUGUACUCCGAGAUUCGACACGAGGCCAUCUGGGCCGAGACGACGCGCCAGAUGCAGAAGCCGCUCAGCCAGGAGGAGCGAUUCAUGAAGGAGAUCGCCGGUUCGACCCGCUGCGUCAAGCUGCCCGGCUUCAAGUUCCGCAGAAAGCAGCUCACCAAGGGCGGCUUCUCCACCGUGCACAUCCUGCGCGGACCGGCGUGCGAGAAGGUGCGCAAUGCCGACACGGGUAUGGUGGACGAGAUCUCCGUGCCCGAGGAGCAGCAAGCGUUCUUUGCGCUCAAGCAGGUCGACCUCAAGCAGAUCGAGAGCGAGCAGGACAAGCUGGAUCUGAUCGCCGAGGCCAACCUGCAGAGGACGCUGUCGGACCUUGAGGGAAGCGAGAUGUAUCUGUUGCGCUACUUUGGACAUCACGUCACUGUCGACAAGAACGGCAGUCCGGACAAGCUGCGCAUCCUCAUCGAGCUCGGCGAGCACGACUUUGGCACGGUGCUGGCGCAGCAGGCACCGCUGCCGCGCGAGGCGAUCGCGCACUACUUCCGCGAGAUGCUCGAGGCGGUGCACUUCAUCCACGGCGCCAAUCUGGUGCAUGCCGAUCUGAAGCCGGCCAACUUCUUGAUGGUCGACGAGCGACUCAAGCUGAUCGACUUUGGCAUCUCUAAAAAGAUCCCCAAGGGCACCGUGCACAUCUCGCGAGACAUUAUCAUUGGCACGCCCAACUAUAUGGCGCCCGAGGCGAUCAAGAUCGCGCGGACCAAGGGCAGGCGCGUGUACAAGGCGGGCAAGCCGAGCGACGUGUGGUCGCUGGGCUGCAUCCUGUACCAGAUGAUCUGGGGCCGACCGCCGUUCGACCGCAUACCGGCAAAUCGCAAGCUGGAGAUGAUCGUCGACCCGGAGCACGAGAUUGCGUACAACCGCUUCCGCGACCCGCGCUACACGGACCGACUCGAGGUGGAUGACGACCUGUUGGACUGCGUCCAGGCGGCGCUUCGGUACGAAGCCGAAGACCGAGCGACGAUUCCCGAGCUGCUCAGGCAUCCGUUCCUGCGGCAGUAUGCGCCCGAGCAGGACCGCAUGGAGGAGGAGGAAGCGGUCGACCUCAACGAAACGGUCAGCAUCUCGCGCGGCACGCUGCGAAGCCUGGUGGCGCGCAUCCGCACCCUCGCCCUGCAGGGUGAGCUCAACGAAGAUAAUGUGGUCGACCGAGCCGACCUGCUCUUUACAAAUCUGCAACAGGCCCAACAGCAGCAGCAAAGAUGA